GUCACAUAGUAGAGCGGCUCCGGUUAACGAACUGAGCUAUGUGUCCAACGAAAGACAGUAGACAUAAUGAAGUUGUACGUCGAAGUGGUCACAUAUUACACCAGGCUGCAACAUCCAGCACAACAGAGUCUCCGCCACGACCAUGGCUAUCACCGACUUUCUUGCAGCUUCAGACAUCACUUCAGCUAUCAAUGCUUGUAAAGCGAAGGAUUCCUUUAGCCCAAAGAUGUUUUUCAAAACUGUGGGUUUAUCCAAGAAAAGUCCGACAGAGAUCGAGCGAGUCUUUAAGAUCUUGGACCAGGACAAAAGUGGCUACAUAGAGCAGGAUGAGUUACAACUGUUCCUGCAGAACUUUGCCAAAGGGGCAAGGCCCCUGACCGCAGCUGAGACCAGAGCUUUCCUCCUGGAGGGAGACUCAGAUGGAGAUGGGAAGAUUGGCUGGGAAGAGUUUUCUGCGCUGGUCAAGUCUUCAUAAGGCCUGCACAGUCUCUUGAUGAUAUGUUGUACGGUGAUGAUCUCAGGAUGAACUUCUUUUUAUAAUGUUUAGCUACAAUAAAUCCCAUGGACUCAUCCAUGUGUUUAGAGUCAUAAAAUAAAAUACAUCAGAGUUCAAAUGGAAAAUUAUGUAAUAUAGUAAUUCAAGUAAAACUCAAAUUAAAUAUUGCCUCUCUGCUAUGUGUCUUUCCCUGCCGGAAGAGUUCAUAAAUAAAUCUACUUUUCGCCAUCAAA